AUUUUCCAUGAGUUGAUGAUUGCACUUGUACUGCGGCGGAUUCCCUCUUCCCUUUCUCGCUCUCUCCCUCUCUCUCUCUCUCUCUCUCUCUGAACCCAUCUUCCAUUUUUUUGGGUAUCAAAUCUAAACCCAGUUCGAUUCUACCAAAAACGCCUCCCCACUCUAAGCUAAGAAUAUUUAUAUAUACACACCCAUAUACGUAUACCUCUUUCUUUCUUGCAAUAUUCGUCCAGGUCUCGUCUCAAGACUUUGAACUUCUGCAACACUCAUAUCUUGAUCGAUCAAAUUUUAGGGUUCCAAAUCAAAAACCCCCAAAAAGGGUCCCAAACUUUUCCCUCAACUCGACGCCAUGAAGGUCCACCCGGCCCCUCGAAAGCGCAACAUCACCCUCCGCUACGACGUCGCUUCCACCCUCUCCGAAGCCACCGCUCUCGCAGCCUGCCGCCAGAAGAAGCUCCGUCGGCUCCCCCACAUCUUCGCCAAGGUUCUGGAACUCCCCUUCCGCUCAGACGCCGACGUUUCGAUCCAAGAAACCGCCGAUUCCUUCCGGUUUGUCGUCAGCACCGACGAGGAAGAAGUCGGCGCCGACGCCAGGGCCCAGACGGUCGAGAUCUACCCGGGGGUGACGAAGAUCGUGAUUAGAGGGAACGGCGACGUCGAUUUUGCGGCGGGUGGGCUGGAGCUUGAUGUUUGGAGGUUCCGGCUCCCGGCGGCGACGAUGCCGGAGAUGGCCACCGCCGGUUAUAGCGACGGCGAGCUCGUUGUGACGGUGCCUAAAGAUGCCAACUUUGAGGGUUUGGAUGCUGGUGAUGAUGAAGGGGGUAUUUGGGGUGGACGGCUUGUUCUUGUACAGUAAUUCAAUACGCUUCUCUCUCUCUCUCUCUCUCUCUCUCUCUCUCUCUCUCUCUGUUUUCGAUUUGUGUUUGUUGGAAGUUCAGCUGUCGUUUGAAGUUGAUCCUGGAAUGUGUUAAUGAACGGUUUAACGCUUCAAUGAGGAAUUGCCUUUCUUUC